AUGGAAUGCAAGACCCUCGCGCUGUUGGCGCUCGUGGCCGUCGCGGGGACGGUCUUGGCCUCGAUCCCAGCCGCCGAUGCCGCCAGAGGAGGCUCUUUGGUGAGCACCAAAGAUGGUGCUGUCGGGAGCGCCACCCUCGAGGACGCUCUCCAGCUGCCAGAAGAUGUCUCUGAAGCACACGCCAGCCUGAGGUACCGUCACCUCUUGGAAGACGACGACGGCGACGACGAGGACGAGGAAGACGAGGAAGACGACAUGGACGAUCGCCGUCGCAAGCUCAUGGAAGAAGAUGACGAAGAUGAUGAGGAUGAUGAAGACGACGAGGACGACGAGGAUGACGACGUGGAUGAUCGUCGCCGUAAGCUCAUGGAAGAAGAUGAUGAAGAUGAUGAGGAUGACGAAGACGACGAGGACGAGGACGACGAGGAUGACGACGUGGAUGAUCGUCGCCGUAAGCUCAUGGAAGAAGAUGAUGAAGAUGAUGAGAAUGACGAAGACGACGAGGACGAGGAGGACGACGACGUGGAUGAUCGUCGCCGCAAGCUCAUGGAAGAAGAUGAUGAAGAUGAUGAGGAUGACGAAGACGACGAGGACGACGAGGACGACGAGGACGACGAGGACGACGAGGACGAUCGUCGUCGCAAGCUCAUGGGAGAAGAUGAUGAGGAUGACGAGAAUGACGAGGACGACGAGGACGACGAGGACGACGAGGACGACGACGUGGAUGAUCGUCGUCGCAAGCUCAUGGGAGAAGAUGAUGAAGAUGAUGAGGAUGACGAAGACGACGAGGACGAGGAAGACGACGACGUGGAUGAUCGUCGCCGCAAGCUCAUGGAAGAAGAUGAUGAAGAUGAGGAGGAUGACGAAGACGACGGGAACGAUGAGGACGACGACGUGGAUGAUCGCCGUCGCAAGCUCAUGGGCAGGCGAUCGCUGUACUAG